AUGCGGCUCAACGGCAUCUUGGCGAUGUUGGGCAUAGCGGCAACCACAUCUGCCAUCGGCCUUCACAAGGCGGUGAAUGGUCUGCUGCAAGUGACGCCUUCCUUUGCUGGCGAUGAUAUCGCCUUGCAUCCUGCGUUAAGCCCCAAUCACGACUCCCAUGACUUGGAGAAUCUCGUUGCGGGCCUUGACAAGGUUCUGCACUAUAGCCAAGAGGGACAUCGCCCCGCUCUUCAUGGCGCGAAACAUGCCUCCCUUGAGGCGAAGUUUGUCCGCAACACGGUCAUCUUAGAUCAGUCCGAUCACGUCAAGAGUGUCGCCUGUGAUGACAGUGAUAUGCAAAUCUGCUUCGACAAUCCCAUUGCGAUGGCGACUGUUGAGGCCUCAUGGUUGAUCCAAGGUGGUAUCAAUCUGGUAACUUACCACGCAGGCUGUGGAGAUGAGAGUUCAGGGAAGCGUAGUAUCUUCCAUGCUUCUCAGCCAUUAAUAAAUUUGGUGGAUAUGUGCAUUGUGGUUUCUGUCGCUCCUAUUCAGGAGUCAGAUGCACUGGAAUCUGGCGUCAUGACCUGGGGCACCUACAAUGAUCCAAAGAAGAGAAAGAGAUCACCGACCAAGGGCCAUGUCCGCGUCACCAAGCCAACCCAACCUCAGAAUAGAGGCCGUCCAGACUCCCCAGCCGCGCGCAAUGUGACCGAUCAAUAUGCUAGCAAUGCUACUAUGGAUAUCACGUUGAACCCUUGGGCAAUGGAAACUUUCUUCAACAACUCUCACCUGGAUACUACACACAUGGGUGAGAAGAUAGACACCAUGGACUUCAUGGAUAUGGAUGAUCCUGAGGUCCCUCCAGCACACGCAAACAUGACCCGGCGAUCUUCGACACGCCGCCGAGCUGACCGAACUAAGAGAACCAUGACGGAAAUCUCCAAGCGCGCUUCAUCUGAGCUCUCAAGGCGAGACAUUUUGACGGACCUAUGGAAUGGACUCAGGGAUCUGGGUCGGCGAAUUGGUGCAUUCUUUGUUAGUGCAGCUGCCUUCAUCAAAAAGGUUGGUGACCACAUCGUUGAGCUCGCAGUCAUCACUGUUAAGCUGGCUGGCGUGGUAUUCGGUGUUCCAUUCGACCACACAUACCAUAACGACAUCAAAAUCAACCAAUAUCUCAAGAGCGAGAUUGGAAAUCGGCCACCCGCAAUUUUCGGUAUGAAAGAUGGUUAUACUCUCGCCAGCUCCGAUAACUACAACAAUCCUGAAGCAUUCCACUGGACAGUACAAUGUGCCAAAUGUGGUGUUCACGUCAACAUUGACAUUGACGGCCGCUUGGCAUUCAGUAUUAAAGAUGGUAUUACCGAAGGCAGUAUCUCUUUUGUCAAUAACGACCCUCUAACUCUGGACGCGCAAUUUGGAAUCAGCGCUGAUGGCACAGUGAGCAAGUCCAAGGACAAGAAGAAAACUAUCAAGCCACAGAAAAGCAAAGAUCUGAAGACCAUUCCCUUUGGGGGGUUGAUCAUUCCGGGCAUCCUCACACUUGGCCCUCAGGUGACCUUCGGUGUGGCGGUAAGCCUCGAGACUGAAGGUAAGGUUGAACUGCUCGUUGGAGGUAGUGUGUCUAUUGGCGCAGGACACGCUAUUGCCAGCUUGAAAGGCAAGAACGAAAUCAAGGGAUUUCAGCCAAGCUUUGAUCCUGUCUUCCGCGCAAAGGGCGAAUUCUCUCUUACUGGUGAUGUCGGCUUACCUGUGGCGCUUGAAGUUGGGCUCACUGUUCUUGAGGGGAAAUUCAAAGAAACAGUUGGGCUAGUCAAUACUCCUUCCGUUUAUGUCAAGGCAACUGCAAACUUGGAACUCCAAGCACGGGGUGAGAGCACCUGUAAGAAUGGUGUUCAAUUGAAGGUUGGUGCAAAGAACCGCAUCCACGUUGCUGGGUUCAAUAUUUUCGAAUACGAACUCGUUAAUAUCCCGCUUUUUGAGAAGGACCUCGGCUGUGUCAAUGAUAAUGGAUUCAAUGUCGCAACUGAGAAGCCAGCGGACGGACUCAUCAAAAAGGUCACAGAUGAGACAGGAGACUCAGGGGCAGGAAAGCCAUAUAUUUCCGAUGCCACUCGAGAAUAUAAGAAGAUUGAGGGCACCCAAGGCUUCAAGAUCAUCAUGGCCGCUGACUCGGGCACCAUCAUGGUUUCUGGAACUAAUGGGGGUCUCUUCAUGGUUGACAAGAACGACGGAUAUGAUGUCAGCGCACCGUGGGGCACUCUCGAUACCAAAGAGAAUCCAUUGACACUCGAUGUCUUUGGACGUGUCCUGGCAUACAAACUUCUCAAGUCUUCGGAUAAGAAGGACAUCUUCGGUACGAAUGCUCCCAUCGUGGCUGAUUUGAUGGUCUCAGAGCCACAGAGUGUACCUGUUGGGUACCGAUCUACGGCGAUGAAACAGCUGGAAUCCUCUCAAUCUCAAAAGACAUACGGUAUACCAAUGGUGUUCGAAGGUGCUUAUGCCAAAUAUACCUUUAUCAAGCCCAUGUACUACCCCACCGUUUGCAUAACUCCAUUUGGGGCAAUGCUGAUUGCUACUCGCGAAAUCAUCACCAAGGAAGGGAAGGUCCAGUCAGCAUGGAACCCAAAUAAAGAUUUUACCAAGGAGAUGGACCGUGAGCUUUUUGCCCAUUUCGGUGUUUACCGAAAAGAGUGCAAUACGGUUCAGUUGAUUGCUAGCAAUUAG